CUUGUGUGGAUAAGAAUGGAGAUUAAACUAGAGGUGAUCAUUUCAACCAGUAUCAAACAAAGAAAACCGUGGCCUAAAAUCUCCUGGCUGGGGCAGGAAAAUGAAGCAACUUUUCUUCUAGAUGGCAAGGACAUAAACGAAAUAGAUCUACUGUCGGGAAGAACAAAGAAGAAAAUCCCUCGGCUGCAGUCUCUGUUGAAAAAUGUUGUGGUUUUAGCAACUUCCAGAAGUGGUGCUUGGCUUGCCGGGCUAUUAAGCUCGGGAGAUCUCUUCCUGUGGAACAAAGACCAAGACUGUUUGAAAACUAUAUCAGCAUCUGAAGAGUCCACUAAAAUGACAUCAGCAGCUCAGGAAUGUUUUAUCAAAUUGCACUUAUAUGUAUCAGGAGAUGGGAAAAGGGUUCUCCUUACUACUUCAUCUGGAUUCAUCCUUCUGUGGGAGUGCUUAGGAACCAGGAAUGAUCUAGAUUCCAAAAAUCCUUCACUAAUUGGCCAGUGGUCGCAAAUUAAACCUGAAGAAUCAGUACGUUUUCCUUCCACUGAAGAUAAAGAAGCUGCUGUAAAUGCUAUUUUUGUUAACAAUGAGACACUUGGCGAUUGCUGCUUGUGUUCAUUUAUAUUUUAUUCAAGGGAAUGCUUGACGUUAACAUUUCUGGCAGUUCGGUGGCUUGCCAAUGGUUACAGGAGUUUUAGUUCAUUGCCGUACCAGGUCUUCUGGGCCCAGCAAAAAUGUGUCCUAAGUAGUCUGGUUCCUAAGUGUGAAUCAGUCAAAUCAAGGGGAGCAUUGAUUUCUGCAUUUGCAGGUGAUGGACUUCUCCUGGCAAUUACUAUUAAUCAAAGAGAUCCAAAGGCAACUCAGGUGUUGUUUAUAAAUACGUUAAAUUUUGUUACUACUCAUUCUGAUUUGAAAGGUUGUAGUAAUAAGAAUCCCGUGGUUCCGUCCAGACUCAUCAGGUCUUAUUGGGUAGGUGACAUCAGCUGGACUCACGAUAAUCUUUUCCUGGCUUGCAUGUUAAAACGUGGCUCUCUAGUCCUACUGACCUACCUAGGGGAAAUGCUGACAUUAGUCACGUCCGGUUGCUGUGUAGAAUUUGGCCCAGCAGAAUUUAUUCCUCUUCAUCCGUUAAUAACGUAUCGACCCCAACCAUGCCAAUUGCAAGACUCUGAUCAUAACCUCAAUUCAUCAGCUUCUGACAAUGACCCUAUGAGACAAAGAUUUUCUGUUACAGCACACUCAAGAUUACCCUACCUCAUUGUCUCUGACGGGUACAUGGUUACAGUACUAAAAUUCCUUGAAAAUCUGUCCCCAACUGUACUCAUGAAGUCACUUCUGCUUGAUUCAACCCAAAGGCUUGAGAAAAUGCAUCAAGGUCUGAUGAUAUCAAAGACCAGAGGUAAAAGCCUUAGGUUGCAAACACUAGCAUCCCUUAAGUCUAGUCUGCUAAUGCAUCAAGAAAACAACACUGCAACCUUUUUGACCAUCCCUAAAUUCUUGCAAAAAGAGGAAGAAACAGGGAAAUUCACUGAGAAAACAGCAGACUUUCAGGAUUAUGAAGAAGAAGAAAGUGAUAAGCGGUUUUCCAAGAGUCUCAGUUUUGGGAGGCUGAAACUGAAUUCUUCUUUUAGUACAGUCGAAGAAGGAAGAUUAGAAUUUGCGUCGAUGUUUGAUACUCUCCAUGCAGUAGAUAAUACCAGACCAAAAGGUUGUACUGUUUCUGAACUGAAUUCUAUCCAGAAAAAUCUCCUCGCAGCGUGGAGUUUAGGAAUUUCAAAAAAUAUAGAAGAAAAGUCCAAAAUGUUGAAUUACACAGUGGUCUGCAUUGCUCACUUUCUGUACAUUCUUCAGUUCACAAAAUGUCCGUCACCAAAACCUGCUUUUUUUUUAAACCAGGCUACAAGACAUAAUGCGUGGUUACAGUGUGUCUUCCAUCUCUUUCACCAGUGUUUAUCCAUCCAAUUCUGGGAUAUGAGAUGCCAACAAGAUAUGGGACAUUUGGUCAGGCUCACGUCACAGACCCUGCAGUUGAUGUUUAUUCAACAAAAACAAGAUCGGUUAUUUUCAGAAACACUUUUAGGGGGAUUCCACUUACUUAAGAUGGUCUCUGAAAGUCUAAAUGUCACAUAUUGUUUACAGAAUGAGGUUAUUUCGUCCUCAGCUGAUGUAAACAGAACGGUAAAUUUUGAUUCAUUAGUGGUUCCUGUUUUUCAAGAAUUUCACGGCAACCAUUCUCAGAAAAUGCGCUCGUGGGAUUCUCUUUUCUGCAUGCCUCCUCAAGCAGUAAAUCUUGGUCACAAACCAGGAAACAGAUUAGCCUUCCUAUGGCGACUGUUAUAUAAACAAGCACUGUGGUAUCAAACUCAGAUAAGUAGGAAGAUUUCCAAGAGCGAUGUACAAUUAACAGAGAAAAUAACCUUUGAAGAAUCCAUCGUUAAAUCCCUCUUAGGCCACAUUCAGGCCGCCCUACAAGCUACGGGAGAUAGCUUGGAUCAUACACUGAAACUUAAAUCUGUUUCUGGUGAAGAGCAUUUUCUUUUAGGAGCUUAUGAAGUGUCAGUGCAGUUAUGGAAGAAAGCGCUUCAGGAAGCCAAAGGAAUAGGAAGAAGAACAUGCUACCUGCAGACCCGCUAUUUACUUGCGAUUUUAUAUUGCCAUCUUUAUCACUACAAUUUGAAUGAUGCUCAAGGACUGUGUGAUCAGUUAGUAAGAGCAAUACUAAGGCGAUCCCAUCUGAUUAUAAAAGAGGAGGAAGAUUCCUUUGUUCCUGAGAAUUUGCACUGUGCCUUUGGAAUGAUAGAAGAUGUUCAUCCUGAGGCUGCAGUAGUGGUGAUCCAGUCCGUGGCACGAUUCAUGACAGCAUACUUCACUAAUCAUCCGCUCUAUGUACUUCCACCUCACAAUGUGAAUAUUCUUCCUCCUCUUCACAUCAACUCAGGGCAGUCUCCUCGAGUUGUUCCUCUGCAGCACGCCAAGGUUUCCAGUGUUGUCAGAGACCAGAACCUUUCUGAAGUGUGGACAGUGGAAUACGCUCUUGAGUUGCUCUUAAUUGGCGGGCUGCUUCCAGAAGCUGUGUGGCUAGUACAUACACUUGGUGAUUGGAAGAUGUCUGUUUCUAUUGGUUUGGCCAUCAACCUAUUUUGCAAAAAUAAUAGCAGCUUAUCAAAGUCAAAGAAAAAGAAUCUGAACCUUCCGUUAAAUCUGACCCCAGAGCAAACUUUUCAGGAAAAACUGCAGAGUUUCCUGGGUCAGCCAGACUUUUCAGAGGCAUUAAAUGAAGUCGGUCCAAAAUACAAACAGUUCACAGACCCCAUUGAAGAGGAGGAUGCGAAUGUGCUUUUCGGUUCCGUGCAAGAAAUUCUGAAAGCCGCAGUGAUGGCUGAUGCAGAUAUCCUUUCGGAAACCUUUCAACUCCUCAUGGACUCUGCUAAGGAUCUUAGCAAGAGGCUGUGGGGGUUAGUGCCUGUAGGGUUGUAUCUCCCCGCACCGCCAUUGUAUUGUCCGCAGCCAGCAUUUCUCAGUGAGGAAGAGGAUAAUGAUCCACCUUUGAAAAUUGAGAGGGAUUAUCGCCGGAAGGUGUCUGGUCUUCUUCAGAGAAUUCUGCUGCUGUUUCGGGCAGCUCGUUGCUCCUUUCCUGCAGCUCAGUGGUAUAUCGUAAAAUUGAAAUGGGCGAGAAAAGUCAUGCAAAAGAUUCGACUGAAAGCUUCCCUUCCUCUACUGAAUCCUCUUCCUCAGUCUUUGCUUAAUUACUCUAAAGUUCGCUUGGCUUUCUUUAAACCUGGAGCAGCGGGAGAUCACGCCUGUGAUGAAGUUUCCAGUAAAACAAUAGGUUGCUUCAGAGAACUCUGUGCUUUGUGUUGGAUGCUGCAUGUCCGUGACAAAUUGUCAUACAGUUGUAGACAGUACCAGGCUGCAAGAGAAAAUGUAGAAAAGAAAAAGGACUGCGAGAUGGACUUCGAUGCUUGCGUGAUUGAACACUCUCUCAGUGCUGUGGAAUGGGCAUGUAGGCUACUGCCUUUUUCUAGAUUUAUGAAUAUUGAAGAACUUGUGCAGGAUAUAAUUUUGAGCCUUGUUGCGGAGCUACCACCUAUCAGAAAGGUAGCUGAAAUUUUGGUGAAAGCAUUUCCCAAUCCUGAAGACAUCAGGGUUCCUUUAAGGGAUAAAUAUCAUUCCCUUCAGCAACGACUCAGACACUGUACCGUGAAAGGGCCCCAGACAGAGGAAAUGAUGUCCGUUGUCCUGCGUAAUAUCCAGAAAGUCAGAUCGAAAGCUCUAAGGCGCGUGAGAAGAAACAUAGGCCCCUUUGAAAUGAAUAUCUGGGAGCCGGAUGAAGACGAGCAUCCCAAUGAUGAGACCCAGGGCUGGGAUAGAUAUUCACUGGAGGCCAGUUGGAGUAGAAGCACGCUCACAGAAUUAGGAAGUACCGUGACUCAGAGCGAUGCUGAUCUAGCGGAGACGCUUUCGGAAGUUCUCACGACCGAAAGACCAAGACAGCAGCUUCAUUCGGAUCAAAGAAAUAAUCGGCGUUUUCCAGAAUUAACCUCUCUUAACAAGGACAACAGUAAGAAGAAAAAAUAUUGUGAGCUAGAAGAAAAACCUAAAAUAAAAGAUCAUGAAAAUUUGCUUGGACAGAAUAGAGUUCCUUUAGUAGGUGCGUGGGAAUUUGAACGAGAUGACGAAGAAUAUGUUAAAUUCCUUGAUCUCUUUUUGAGUUACAUGCUGGAAAGAGACCUGGUUGGCUCUAGUGAUCCUGGAAUUCCUUUUCUCACCAGCUUUUCGACUCAUCUUAAAGAACAUGAACUUAAUUCUUUGCUUUUCGAUGUUCACACCACUCUGAAACGUCGACAGGGAAAAACCAAAAGUCAGAACGUGUUUCGGGCUGGUUGUUGCUACACCGUUGUUCCCGCGUCGUGUGGAUCUGAGAAAUCCACUUUGGAUAAUGAAAAGCAAAAUGGCUUGGAAAAUCAAGUACCCACACUUUCAGAGCUCGUUCUUCAGGGAAAUGGAUCUUCUAAACAGAACUUAUUAGAUGAAGUCAGUAGAAACAAGGGAAAGCAAGGAUUAUUUGGUUUAACACAAAAAUCUAUUUACAGAAUGCAAGAUGAUAAUCGAGAGAUACCUCUUACGUCCCUAACCCAUAAUUUGUCUGACCAUGCUUUUCCCGCUCCACAAUCCUUUAAACCUGGAAGGUGCACCUACAAAGCGAUUUCUUGGAAUGAUAUUUCGCCACGGGAGGAACUUCCUUUAGAACUAAAUAACAAAUUUGGCAGUAUAGCAAGACUGCUGGAGUGGAUGAUAAGGUGGUCUGAUCGACGUCUGCUGUGCGAUUCCAGUAAAACGGAAUCAUUCCCUAUAUACAGCCCAGUUAUACGUGUGAGGACCUCAGCCGCUGCUAUUCUUACGUCGUUAUGGCUUCUGGAGACACCACGCCUUGACGAAUGUAAAGCAAAAAAUGUUGUCUUCAAGGUUCCAGAGCACCAGUACACUGUGGCUCCUGUAUUCCUACCAGCAAGCAUUCCCAGAGUGGAGACGGAGAGUGGGGCAGACACUGGUUGUCCAGCAGCGACAGCAAACCCGAAAGGAAUUCAGGAAGGAAAUGAUUGUGAGGAAGGUUGCAAUGGUGCUUUGGAAUUACCAGUUGCCGCAAAAGAUCCAGAAGUGGAAGAAAACAGCAUUGAAAAUUUUUCCUUAAAGCGUAUUGCUGAAAAAGGAGCUACAGAUAUUUAUGAGGAUCUCUUAGAAGUGGAAACGUUCACGCAGGAUGAAGUGGAGUCAUACUCAUCGUAUGAUGAAGAAAACUUCGAAGGGACAGCUGGAAGUGUUGGAAACAGUAUUUCCAUCACCAUUAAACCUGUACAGCAGCCGUCAGAGAGACAAAGCUCCGUAGCAGAGGUUAGAUGCCCAGAUGAAGAACCAGUGGAAGAAAUGGUAAUGAAAAUGGCAAUCGAACAAGAUAGUUUGACUGAGGCUGUUGUCAAUACUAAACUUAUACCACAUACGCUAGAUGAAAAUACAGCUCUUUCUAGCGAACGCAUGUCUGAGUAUAAAGAACACUCCUCAACUCAGCCGUCUCUAGUCCGAGGAGAAAGUGCCUCAUCCGGUGCCCCUGCUUGUUCCAAACACCAGAAUACUCAGGAAAAUGAACCUUCAGUUCAGCCUCCGAACGCUUCAGAUCCUGUCAGGCAGAUGCUCCAAGAUGAAAUGUUUAGAUUGCUUCAGCUGCAGCAGAUCAACUUCAUGAGCCUAAUGCAGGUGGUGGGGUCAUCAUUUGCAAAUCUCCCAAUGGUUCAACAGCUUCUGCAGCAACCCCAGGCUUCAGGAUUGACCGGGCCUGUGACUUGCACGGGUAACGAUCUUCAAGCUGAUACUCCGGUCAGACAGGAAGCAAUGGGAGACCAUGCCAAACAGGCUGACCGGAAAAGCAGCUUGCACUGCCAGGAAGAAAUCCCCCCAAAAGAUCAGAACCACACUGGGAAUAUCCAGAGCCAUUCCAAUUCUAGAGGACAAAUUCCAUCGCCAGAAACAUUGCUCUCCCCUGCUCCUCCAGGACAAACUGCAAGUAACCAUCUCCAACUUUUAUCUCCUUCACCCGGCACUCAAAAGAUUCCUCCUCUUAUCCCAGUGGCAAAAUCCUUAAAUCCUGUCAAUGGCUUUCCUUUGCUUAAACUUGAAACUGAGCUUAAGUUGUACUUGCCGCCAGUAAGAGAAGCACAAGCUUCCCUCAGGCCCCCUCUACAACCAAGGAAGGCUUGGGGUCCGGCUAAUUCUGUGAAGGAAACUCUCCCGACACCUUUCAGAGCUCACAACCCUCUCUCUACAGCCCAUUUGAACUUAAAUCAGUAUGACGCUGACGCAGUACAGAAAGCAUUGGAGCAGAAGAGAUGGGCAGAAACUGUAAAUCAGGCACCACCUAAGCAUCUUAACCUAGAUCAGUACGUUACGCAGGAAAACUCUCUACCUCAGCAGGAUCCUUCAAGAGAAAUAAGUGGUGAAGAAACAUUUAAUGGCACUCCAGCCCCUCUCGGGGCAUCGUGUCAGAAUUUCUCUGGAAUCCCUUUGCUACAUCUGCAGCGGCGCGACUUUACACCUCUGCUUCUGUCAACUGGAACGGCACCAGUUUCCGUUCCCUCACUGCUUACUGGACCUCUGGCGAAAGAGCAAGACUCAAGGAGGAUCUUACAUCAAUGGAAAGGAACAGCAUUACUUCAUUCUCGUCUAGCUCGUGAAAGCAAGUACCGACAGCCAAAACUUAUUCCCCUUGAAAAUCUCAUGGCAUUUGAACAAAGUUUGUUUGAACAAGGACAGCCUAGGAAGAUUCAGCUCUUAAAGACUGAAAUUCAGCCACCUGAAGCGAGACAGGAAGUGGACAAUAAAAAAAGACAAAGAAGACGGGCCAAAAAAAACUUGCAAGAGAAAAAUGAUAAAGAACAAGAGAGGAAACCAAGUGUGACAUUCCGACCAGAUGAGUCUAUCAUUAGCACUGUAGAUGAAGAAGUACUUCUGAUGACUAAGGAAAAACAAGAUGAACCCAAAUCUCAGGAUAAGGAUGGUUUCGCUAUUCCCUUUGAGUCGCUUGGAGAAGACAUUUCAACUUCAGCAGGGCUACAUUAUAUGGCUUCUAUCAGAAAGAAAGCUGUAGAAAUUCAAGAUGCAAGUACAAAUACAGAGCCAGUUCUUAAAUCCCUUCAAACUAAGGAAGCUACUUUACAAGAAGUUGUUUCUGAACCCGGUCCCACUCAGCCUGUCAUUUCUCCUGAACCAGCACCUGAAACUUUGAGUGUCCCUCAGGUAGUGCCUCCAGAUGUUUUCCUAAACCUCAGAUUUCCCGAUGAAAUAGCAGAGAAACCAUCAUCAACUUCAACAUCUGCUGCUGCUCCUAAUCUGGGUGGACACCAGUAUAUAAAUGUGAUUGAUAUUGAAGCCAGUGAUAUUCUGAAAGGAUUGCCUGUUAUAGAUGAGCUCAAGGACGAUGCGGUUGUCCAACAGAAAAGUGAAAAGCCAGAAGUCCCAUCUUCUGCGAAACUACACUUCAUGGCCGCGUCUGUAACCAACGUACAUCAUCCAGACCUUAAGAGUGAUGGUGAGGCAAAAUCACUGCUUCAAGUGGAAGCCCAGAAUUUGAAGUCAGACCACGUGGAAGACCGUCUUACGUGGAAUCGGCUUUGUGAGUGUGUUCCAGCUGACCCCCCUAUGGUAUCGUCCAGCGGAACUCUCCACAAGGAGCACUUAGUCACAGAAUUCCAGAAAAUGGAUGAAAAACUGUUGGCGUUACAGAAUAUGGCAGAAAAUAUUGAAAAGGACUUUUCAAACACUAAAUUGCUAGUGAAAACAAUAGAGAAUUGGGAGGAAACGGUUGCCCCAAAUGUGGAUAAAGGGAGAUGCUCCUCUCGAGCUUUUCGAGAAUCUGACCAAGGACACUCUCUGAUUCCCCUGGAUUUUGAAGAUCCAACUGAUGAAAAGGAAGAAAUAUUAGAACUUGAGUUUGUGGAUAAUCAGAUUGGUCAUUUGAAAGCUCAUUCCUUAUCCUCUAUCACAUCUAGCAGCCAUUCCACUGUGAAAAGUGGUUUUGAAGGUAUUACUUACAGUGAAGAGUUAGUUCACAGUUUUUCAGCAGAUCCCCUUCAGAUUACUGGAUUGACUGAUGUUGCUGAUAUAAUUCAUGACCUUGUAAAAGAUGGUGGCAUUUCUGCUCAUGAUCUGGGUUUAACUGAAAAUCAAGCUAGGAAAAUUACCAGCACCCGAAUUACUCGGCAGCCCCCGAGAACAGAAAAGGAGAAAAAGGAGAUUCGAGCUUGGAUGAAAAGGAAACAGAAAGAAAGAAUGGCGGAAUACCUGGGUAAACUGGCUGAACAAAGAGCUCAGGAACAUGAUCCUUUUCACAGCAGAAGAAAUGCAAAUGCUAUGACUUCAAGGGAAAUUAGACUGAGUCAGAAGUUGAAAGUUGAAAAAGACAAAAUGCUACAGUCCAAGUACCGUAGUCAUCGAGUCUUGGAAGCAGUUACUCUGAUGAAUGAGCUCUUGUCUGAGACCGUGCAGCUACCGACAGAUGAAUCGAGGCCGUUGUCCGGCGCACCCGGAUUAGCUCGAGGUCUGAGGAGGCAACUCCUCCCUCCCCAAAGAGGGGAUACUCCUCAUGGUUGCACCUCGUUAACGAGUCAAGCUGAAAAAAUCAAAUUUGCUUCAAGACCUGUUUAUGCUCAGAAAAGAUCCAGCCUCUCCCGAGGACCUCAGAAUUCAGUUUGGUCAAAGGGAGCUGCCAAGUUCGCGGUUCAGAAACAAACACGGGAUGCCAAAGUGACACUAAGAAAUGCACCAAGAUCUCCAGUCACCUCUAGGCAGACUCAGACGUCCAAAGCGGCUAGCAGAGGAGCAUCACCCGAUCUUAAUAAGGAGCCACCACAUCUGCAGAGGCCCAGCCAGCAGAAGUGGAAGUUGCAAGGGAGAAGACCCGUGGCAGCUAUUCCAGCCUCAAGCUAUCCAACACCCAACGGAAGGUACCUGAGCUCUCCGGCGGGGAGUCAGUCUGAGGCAGACGGGGCAUAUGAGCGAGAGCAAGAUGUAGUGAGUCCUUGGACUGUCCCUCCAGAAAUCCACAGAAUCCUGCACGAUAAUCACGAUCCCCUUUUUGAGGGCUCUUUAAUUCCUGAAGAUAAUGGUUCUCGGCUCAGUGCCAAUGGUCUGGAUACCAUAUCAGAAAGCACCGAAAGCAUCCUCAGCAAGCUCGACUGGAAUGCCGUUGACGCCAUGGUGGCCAGCGUAGAAGACAAAUGAAGGAAAGCUUUGAGAGCACAAUCUCCAGCCACCGUGCUUAAUUAAGGCAAGGGUCAUGUGGAUUUGAGCCUAGGAUUUCUCAGGGAAACAAAGUGCCUCGGGAGAGGGAUCCUCAGCUUCUUCACUUAACGGGAAGUUCCGCGGUAGCGUUCUGAUUUUCCCUGUGAUUAGCUGCGAAGCCGCGUGAAUGCUGAAAUAAAAUAAUUUUCCUUAA